AUGGCCAUGCACUGCAUGGAACAAUCUCCAACCAAGAGCCUCGCUGGGUAUGCUUAUCAGACUAUAGUAAUGGUACGCUCAUCAGACUAUAGUAAUGAGGUGGAUGAAUGCCUGGAAGGAGAACACCACUGUUUAUCAAUAGCGGAAUGUGUGAACACACGGGGCAGUUACAUCUGCCGGUGCAAGGAGGGCUAUGAAGGGGAUGGUCAGACAUCAUGCAAACCACUUUGUCAUGGACUCUGUCUCAAUGGAGGGCGCUGUGUGGCACCGAAUGUUUGUGAAUGUCGUCAUGGUUACAUUGGUCCAAACUGUGAACUUGAUAUUGAUGAAUGUGCGCUAGGCAUCUCGGCUUGUCGCGGACAUUCUGUUUGUAUCAAUUUGCCGGGUUGGUAUCAUUGCGACUGCCUGGAAGGUUUCCACAGCAACUGGCCUGACAACCACUAUGGCAGUCUUUGCCUAGAUAUUAAUGAAUGUAUUGGUGAAGGUGGCGGCCAUACUUGUCAUCCCAGCAUGCAAUGUGUGAACACAGAAGGAAGCUACGAAUGCAAGUGCAAAAACACCAACACAUGUCUGGAAACCUGUCUCUUUGAGGGGGCUGAACACAGUGAUGGAGAUACCUGGCAGUCGUCAGUUGACAGCUGCCUCACCUGUACCUGUAAGGCUGGUGUAGCUACUUGCCACAAGAUGGCCUGUGACUGUUCCCAGGCCGAUGUUGACUACGACUGUUGCCCCCACUGCAACCAGUCUGCUCAGUGCCAACAUCAGGAGUUUGAGCUGCUCAUGCAGAAUGGAGAACAGUGGAUCUUCCAGUGUCAAACCUGUGAAUGUCUGCAUGGCGAGGUGGACUGCUGGCCUAUUGAGUGUCCCUCCGCAGCGUGUCAGAACAUGGUGCAGGAGAAGGGCGACUGCUGCCCGCGCUGUAUCGAUGACAACCCGUGUCUGAGCCCACACAUCGGGAUCGGGGGACUCGACCACUCCAUGGACACCUGCAUGUACCGCGGACACACGUACGGACACGGGGACAGCUGGGUGCUCAACACGGACCCCUGCACGUCCUGUGAAUGUAUGGCUGGCCACAUAUGUUGCUCCUUUAACCAGACUUGUUCUGCCGAAAAAGGUCUCCCUCCCGUGGACCCGGUGAACCAGAUUACACUGGGAUAGACCAAGUGCCAGAGACAGAGAGAACUACACAGCACCAGCAACAACCAGUUUAUUACAUGUUCAAAAUCAUGAUUAUAGCUGUAGAUUAUUAUUUUUAUUUUUUUUAAGAAAAUGCUUUUUAUAUGAAUACAUACACUGUAAACAUUUACAAUAUACAAACUUGCAUAAUUAAAUUAGUUUUUUUUAUUCAGACUCAGUAGCUUGUUUUAUAUUCAUGAAAUAAUUAGUAAAAAAAAUUGGUGGUAAAAUGAAGAAUGUUUGUGAUUGUCAAAAUUAUGACACAACCAUUAUGAUUUUUUCUGUUUUUUCUUCUCAUUUUA